GUGAACAGCUCCAGAAUACCGCUGGUUCCAGCUCCCAGGAGACGGGCUGUUCCCGACUCGCUACCCUUCUUUCCACUAGUAGGCGACAUGCUGUGUAUGUGAGAGAUCAAGUAAUGCUGACUAAACGCUCAAGGGAAAGGCAAAAGGGCCGAGAUAACAGAAAGAAAGCAGAUAAACGAGUAGCAGGAGGAGAUAAGAGACGAGAUAGGCACAUUCAGCCUUGGACACAUGAAAAGUUUUUGGCUCAUGCGCUGACUCCCGGUCCUGCUAUCAUGAUUUCAGGCUCGCUUCAAGCCCCCGUCCCCAAAAACGGUGCAUAAACACUCAUUUGCGACGCGAUUGCCCUCCGCUUAGUGUAAUUUUUUUUUGUGCGAGUACAGAGGGACAGGCUGAU